GGCACGCACCAUGAGCUGGCUGUCCGGCUCCCGCGGCGUGGUGCUCACCGCCUACCACCCCAGCGGCGGCACCGGCGGAAUUGAAAAUGAGCAAGGGAGGCAGCCUCCGUGAAGGCUGAGCGUCUCCACGCGCCUUGCGCCGUCGUUCUGGCCAGUAUACAAUGAACCAUGAUGAUUCCAAGAGGAUCCCAGAUGGAGCGUCGUUUGAUCGCUCAGGUUCCCAGGACUCCUUGGAUGCAAUGUCUUUGGAUGAUUUUUGGAAGGAAGUUGAAAACAUCCAUGAAACCAGAGGAAAUAAUCAUGAGGAACGACAAACAAUUGUAGUAAAGGAGCCAGAUGAGGGAGAACUGGAAGAAGAAUGGCUGAAGGAGGCAGGUCUGUCCAACCUGUUUGCUGAGAGCACGGGUGAUUCCCAAGAAAGCAUGGUGUUCCUGUCCACACUGACCCGAACCCAGAAGGCAGCAGUAGAAAAACGAGUAGAGACUGUCACACAGACCUUGAGAAAAAAGAACAAACACCACCAGAUUCCUGAUGUCAGAGAUAUCUUUAGGCCACAGAGUGACCCAAAGGAAAAGGUCUGUGAUAGAAGUGAACCCUCAGCUGAAAGAACAGCUGAAAGCAAAAAUGAAAUGCAGGAUGAAACAAAAGAUCUGAAGUUCAGUCUUGGAACUAAUGAGCAGAAGAGCCCGCUUGAAGACAUGCCAUUUUCAGAGACUGACAUCAAUUUGGAGAUACCUUUUGCAGAACAGGCAGCUAAUCUCAAAGACAACUCACUGGGCAAAAUGUGUAAGGAUGGAGGGGGUGAUACUCUCCGCACGAAUUUUAGACUGCCAAAGGACAAAACAGGAACCACAAAGAUUGGUGACCUGGCCCCUCAGGACAUGAAGAAAGUCUAUUCUUUAGCACUGAUUGAAUUGACUGCUCUCUAUGACGUACUUGGGACAGAAUUCAAGCAACAAAAAGCUGCAAAAAUCAAAACCAAAGACUGUGGCUUGUUUGGUGUCCCACUGUCAGUUUUACUGGAACAGGAUCAGAAAAAGGUGCCAGGCACCAAGAUCCCACUGAUUUUUCAAAAGUUGAUUUCCCAGAUAGAAGAGUCAACUCUGGAGACAGAAGGACUUCUUAGAAUACCAGGAGUUGCAACAAGAGUAAAGAGCCUUUGCCAAGAAUUAGAAGCAAAAUUUUAUGAAGGGACUUUCAACUGGGAAAAUGUAAAGCAACAUGAUGCAGCAAGUCUUUUAAAACUCUUCAUCCGUGAACUGCCUCAACCUCUCCUAACUGUAGAAUAUCUCAAAGCUUUCCAAGAUGUACAGAAUCUUCCAAGGAAGAAACAGCAGCUGCAAGCUUUGAAUCUUUUGGUUAUCCUUCUACCUGAAGCAAACAGAGACACACUGAAGGUACUGCUCGAGUUCCUUCAAAGGGUAAUAGAUCAUCGAGAGAAAAACAAGAUGACACUAAACAAUGUUGCGAUGGUGAUGGCCCCAAACCUUUUCACAUUUCAAGGGCUUGGCUCAAAGAGUAUUGAACAGAGCGAGUUUGCUAUGGCAGCUGGAACAGCAAAUGUCAUGCGUUUUAUGAUUCAGUACCAAAAACUUCUCUGGACAAUUCCCAAGUUUAUUGUUAACCAAGUGAGAAAACAAAACACUGAAAACCAGAAGAAGGAGAAAAAGGACAAAGCUAUGAAGAAACUUCUGAAAAAGAUGGCUUAUGAUCGGGAAAAGCACGAGAAGCAGGACAAGACACCCAAUGAUGCUGAUGUUCCUCAGGGAGUGAUACGGGUGCAAGCACCUCAUCUUUCGAAAGUUUCCAUGGCAAUACAGCUGACAGAAGACCUGAAAGCCAGUGAUAUAGUAGCCAGAUUUCUCAGUGAGAAAAGUGGAAAUGUCCAAACACUCAAGAAAGAAGAGGUCUUCCUUUAUGAAAUAGGAGGAAAUAUUGGGGAACGCUGCCUUGAUGAUGAUACCUACAUGAAGGACCUCUACCAGCUCAACCCAAAUGCUGAGUGGGUUAUAAAAUCUAAGCAGAGCUAAGCAAAUGGCAAAAGAACAAACCACGGACUUACCUUGUAAUGCUGAAUUUUUCAAAGGGGUAGUGUGUUCUUUCAACAUUCAACUUUACUAUACUUAUUAAUAGAAACUUACCUAGUUAAAAAAAAAGAAAGGCAAUGGAAACCCAACAAUGAUUACUAGUAAAUUUUCACUUUUACUUACAGCAAGAUACCAGAAAGAACUUUUCCCACUCAUUUGAUACAAGAAUAAGUCAGUUAAACACUUUAAUGGCACUAAUCUCCCUUAAUGAUACUCCCAUCUGGUAGGUCUGGUUUCAAAAGAAUUUAUUUUUCAAACAGAUGUUUAACCUCUUUAUGUUAGAGAUCUAAAAUCUGUUUGCAUAGAAGUGUGUGUUCACAUAGGUUUUUGCAGUGGUAGGACACUGGAGAACCAAAUCCUGAUCAGCACUUCUGAAUGGUACAGUAUUAAAAAUACCUGAAACCAUUUCUCAAGUAAGUGUGAAAUUUGCAGGAAAAAACUGCAGUACAAUAUAUAUUUUGUUUUUGGAAGUCCUAAUUUUGUUCACUUUCUAGGUAAACUUUGAUAGAAACUAUUUAAAAACAACUGUGAAAAUGCUUUCUAUGCAUCUUUUUGCUAGAUCUUUUUAAUAUUUUUAUUCUUAUUAUAGCUGAUCGUAUUCUUGAUACUAUUUUUUUUUUUUUUUUUUUUUUUUAAGUAGGACAGUAUAAUACAGUGAGUCAUUUUUAAAGCUCACCACUCUUGGCAGUGUCCUUUCUGAAAUAAUGUCACCACUAGAAAGAUGUCUGAGUUUAUCAGCAGUGAUACAUGGAUAUGUUGCAAAUGUUGAUUUCAGGGUUUUUGGAUAUCUGAGAGAUUGCAGAGCAUUUUGUGAACUGCCAAAAUCUGCCAAUUAUGAGCACAAUAAAGACUGUUAGGGUGAAUAAAAUAACUGUGGAGAGAAACUGUAAGCUCAGUUUCACAGUAGCAAACCACCAAAUCUUUCACUCAAAAUCAGGGUAAAGGUCUGCUGUGGAGUGUACAUAGGCUCUUUGGUAUUACCUACCACCAGCUUUACAUCUGGUCUAUGCUGGAUGAGGCCAGAAUCAAGUUCUACCUUCCCUGAUAGAUGCUGUCUAAACCACUUGAAAAUUAAUAGUCCAAUGGUGAAUUAUUUCAAAUCCUCCUCUUGGCAGAAGGAAGGACUGAAUUCUCCUUGUGGAAUUCAUUGAUACUGAAUUACAGACUGACAUGGCUCACUGCAGUGCUAAGUGCUGUGACUGUGGCUUCAGAAUCCAGUCCCAUAGCAAUGCUUUGGGCUCACAAACCUGUGUACCACUUCACAGUUUAUUUGUAAACCAGCUCACCCCAGCUGUAGCACAUAUCUGCAUGCUGACCACCUGAAGUAACUACUGUGAAAUGAUGUCCUUGGAACUAAGCAUUUUCUUCCGAUGCACACAGAAUUACAUUGACCUCAUAGGGAAUGUCUACAUACAAUCAAGAACUGCAUUUGAUUUUUUUUUUUUUUUUUUGUACUUGAUCAAAGCUAAUUAAAAGAAUUGGGGGGGCCUUUCUACUGAGCUUUGGAUAUAGGCCCUGGCUGUGUUAUUCCCAAAGAAACCACUGGAACUCUAUUUUAUGCACAAGCAGUGAAGUAGAAUUCUGACAGGACAUGGAAAAAUUUGGGCACCUUCUGAUUAGUUAUCUGCAGUGUACGAACAAUUUGAGGGCUGUAAGUAUUCAUUGUUGUUAAAAAGGCUCCGAGAGGAUGCAGUGAAGGAUUCUGCAGAGCAGGAUGAAGGAAAUUGGAGACUGCUGCAGCAGGUCUGCUCCCAAUGCUCUGCCUCUGUGGGUACCCCCAUGGUGUUGCACUGAGCCAUGGUAGCACUCCCCGUAAGACAAAUCGCUUUGUCAAUAGAACAAAACUCACUUGCUGUUCUUUAAGGGAUAGAGUAGAAAAUCAGAGCAGUGCUUAGGCAAAAUAUUUAUUAAUCUAAUGUAAUACAUAGAAGGUGUUUUUGUCAUGUAAGGCAGAAAUGAUGUGAUGUAGUACACAUAGUUCUAUAAGCAACUGCUCGCAACUGGGACGCCAGGUGUUGUUUGAAUCAGGAGCAAAGUGCAGAGGAUGGGAACAGCUGCAUGGUUCUGGCGUAACAUUACAACCUGCUGGCUAUGAUCUUUUAAAUAACUUUGUUUCUGGUUUAGUGCCAUUAUCUUUUUUUUUUUUUUUUUUUAAUUUAAA